AUGGCCAGCUCCGCUUCGGAUGUGGAGCUCCUGCUGGAGGCGGAGAGCCCGGCGGAGCGCCGCAGCUCCGCGUUCCCGCAGCGCGUGGCCUUGGCGCUGGGCUGCAUGGGGCUGGUGAUGGUGGGCAUCCUGGCAGGCCGAGCCCGUGGCCUGCGCAGCAAGUCGGGUGCCUUCGUGGUUUUGGAGGAGGACACUGCCACGGCAGACUGCAUCGAGGCGUCUACCUAUUACAGCAGCCCAAUCAAGAUGGUUGGAACGGAGAGGACUAGUGAGAUGACAAUGGAAGCUUGCCAGCAGCGUUGCUUGUCAGUUGACGGUUGUGCCCACUUCACCUUCUGGCCUGAUGGAGGCUGCCUCUUGACAGAUGAGUCAUCAGUUGCUUCCGUUGCCCCCAAGAAGUACUUGGAGACAGUAUCCGGACCCCCAUACUGCGGGGAGAAGCCCGCAGCAGCCGUGGGGAGCGAUGUUGGGAUUGACAUUGAAGAAGAGGCGGUGAAGGCAAGCGUUGAGACCCCGAGCGUGGUGCCCGUGCCAGGCAUCAACGGCACGACGUGCGCCAAGUACCCUGCUUGUGUGGCUCUCGGAAUCGAGGAGGGGAAUUGCUGCCCCAACGACGACAGCGUGGCACUUGGUUGCUGCCUGGGAUUUGCAGCCGUAGUCGCAGCUCCGAAGAUCGCUGCUGGGACCGAGUGCUCAUCCUUUCCUGCAUGCGUGACGCUCAACCUUACGGGUGCUUGCUGCCCGGCACCUGAUGGCACGCGCCUGGGCUGCUGUGACUCGAUCUAG